UUAUCAUGUUGGUUAAUUUGUAAUUACCGAUUUGGUCUUUAUUUCUCUAUGGGGCCGACCUUCUGCUGCACUUGGUUUUAUAGAGUAAACAUGACCAAGGAAGACUCUUUAUAUUAAGUGCAUUACUCCGGGGGAUCUAAGUUUAGCCACCCCUGGAAGCUCUCUUUCCCAGAAUUCCUCACCUCUCUGUUCAUACCCCCCUCCUCCUCUCAGCCCAGGACAGCACUGGUUGUCUAUCAUAUAGCAGCUCCGCUCUGAGCUCAUGUUUCUCAGCUGCUCUGUGUUGGAAGAGUCAGGAAAUAUAGUUCUGUCUUCUUUUAAUGUGUGUCCAGUAAAAGUAGGACAGGCGGGGAUACCCCAACUCUUGUAUCAUGCUGUUUCAUUGGAUGAAUAGCCUCUCCAUUGGUUACAAUCGUUUGCCAGUGUCCCAACGGGAAGUUGUAUAAGGCACCAUCUCAUACACUUGACUCUCUUUGGCUGCUACAUUCUUCCAUUUCCGACUCCAGAGGUUGCCCAGGAUGAUGAUAAAGGAGUCUUCACUGAGAAGGGACCCGGAUUUGAGAGGAGAAUUGGCCUUUCUUGCCAGGGGCUGUGACUUUGUUCUCCCCUCCAGAUUUAAAAAGAGGAUCAAGUCUUUCCAGCAAGCCCAGCUUCAAAGCAAGCAAGAGAAGAAGCCAGGCACCCCUCCUCCCGCACCCCUACCUGCCAGUCCACGACCAGCCACCCCUCCGUUACCGAGCAACAAAGUCACAGCUCCUGUGUCCAUAAACAUUCCACGUUUCUACUUUCCCAAAGGGCUGCCCAACCCAGGUUCUGACUAUGAAGAUUCCAUCAAGAAGACCGAGGCAGCAUUCUCCAGCAUAGAUGAAGAAAAGGCAGACAUCUACGAGAUGGGGAAGAUCGCCAAGGUAUGUGGCUGCCCCUUGUACUGGAAGGCGGCUCUAUUCAAUGGUGCGGGCGGUGAGAGGACGGGAUUUGUCUCUGUGCACUUGUUCAUAGCAAUGUGGAGAAAGUUAAUCCAGAACUGCCAUGAUGAUGCCUCUAAAUUUGUCAACCUCUUGGCAAAACCAGGCUGUAAUUACUUAGAGCAAGAGGAUUUCAUCCCACUACUUCAGGACAUUGUGGACACACAUCCAGGACUGACGUUCCUCAAAGAGGCUCCCGAAUUCCACUCCCGAUACAUCACCACUGUUAUUCAGAGAAUAUUUUAUACAGUCAACAGGUCGUGGUCAGGCAGAAUCACCUUGACUGAGCUAAAGAGGAGCAACUUCCUACAGACCCUUGCACUGUUGGAAGAAGAGGACGAUAUUAACCAAGUGACCGAUUACUUCUCCUAUGAACAUUUUUAUGUCAUUUACUGCAAGUUCUGGGAACUGGACACUGAUCACGACUUAUACAUUGACCAGAAGGACCUGGCCAGAUAUAAUGACCACGCGUCCUCAAAGAGAAUAAUCGAGAGGGUAUUUUCCGGAGCAGUGACUCGGGGGAACGCAGUACAAAGGGAAGGGAGGAUGAGCUAUGCCGAAUUUGUCUGGUUUUUGAUAUCGGAGGAAGACCGGAAAAAUCCAACCAGCAUAGAGUACUGGUUCCGUUGUAUGGACUUGGAUGGAGACGGGGUGCUGUCCAUGUAUGAGCUUGAGUUCUUCUAUGAGGAGCAGUGUGAGAAGAUGGAAGCCAUGGGCAUUGAGCCGUUACCUUUCCAGGAUCUGCUUUGCCAGCUGCUUGACUUGGUAAAGCCGGAAGUGGAAGGCCAAAUAACACUACGGGAUCUGAAGAGGUGCAAAAUGGCGCAUAUAUUUUAUGAUACCUGCUUUAACUUAGAGAAGUACCUGGACCAUGAGCAAAGGGAUCCAUUUGCAGUGCAAAAGGAUGUCGAGAGUGAAAACCCUGAGCCAUCAGACUGGGACAGAUACGCAGCAGAGGAAUAUGAGAUCUUGGUUGCUGAGGAAUCGGCCACAGAACAAUUACAGGAAGGGUCGUUCGACGAUGACUACGAGGCCGAGGAACUCACCAGCCCCCCUGAGAUCAGCGACAAGAUGGACAAACUGGUCAUAUCAGACCUAACGGCAUGAGCCCCGCCCACUGGACAAUCCCACUGACCAGUCACUGCCUAUUGAUGGACUAAUCCCUUCCCACAAGGAAACCUUCAGGGGAAAUAAUAUAUAAAUAGAUUUUGUAUUA